CUGUCAUCCCUCCGGCUGUCAUCCCUCCGCUGUGCUGGCCCUGCGCUGGGUGGGCGCGUCCCGGAGCCGGGGCCGCGAGGAGGGCGGGGUGCGUCUGCCGCCGGCCCGGGGCGGGGCGGGGAUGGUGAAGCCCAAGGGGACCCCCGCGCCCGCCCCGUGCGACCCCGUGGCCGAGCCAGGGCUGGCCACGAAGCUCACACGGAAGAAGAAAAAGAAAAGAUUCUGGAAAAACAAGGCGCGAGAAGCCAGCAGGAAACCGGGAGGCGACCCCGCGGUUGCGCUGCGACCCCCGAGGGCCCCGGAGGCCUUUUCCCAGAACUGGAAGGCGCUGCAGGAGGUGUUGAAACAACAAUCACAGGCCCCGGGAAAGCCUCUUGUUCUCUCUCCGCGGAAUUCCAAAAAGCAGCCCCAAAUGACCCAGCAGGACCGAAAAGCAGAGAGCGAGGAGGCGGGGACAGACAAGGCAGGCGGAGCGGCCCCCGCGGGCUCUGUUCCUCCAGCAUCACUGCCCAACAGGAGGGCGCCAGCGCCCCCCAGGAAGGCCCGCGGAGCAGAGCGCGCUGAGAAAGCAGCCAAGAGGACAAAUGGUGACAUUUCUCCAAAACGAGGGGACCUCAAAUAUAAGAAGCGGAAAGCCCAAGAGGUGACUGCAGCCUUGACCUCAGCCCCGCCCACCGAACAAGACAUCUGGUUCGAUGACGUUGACCCGGUGGAUAUCGAAGCGGCCAUGGGCCCGGAGGCAGCCCAGAUAGCGAGGAAGCAGCUGGGCGAGCGGGGGAGCGGCGCGGCGCUGGUGAAGGAGCAGGCCUUCAGCGGGCUGACGAAAGCCUUAGCCCUGGACUGCGAGAUGGUGGGCGUGGGCCCCGCGGGGGAGGACAGCCUGGCCGCCCGCGUGUCCGUUGUGAACCAGUAUGGCAAGUGUGUCUACGACAAGUACGUCAAGCCGACCCAGCCCGUGACCGACUACAGGACGGCGGUCAGCGGGAUCCGGCCGGAGCACCUCCAGCAGGGAGAAGCAUUUGCUGUCGUUCAGAAGGAAGUGGCCGAGAUGCUGCGGGGCCGGAUCCUCGUGGGACACUCGCUGCACAACGACUUAAAGGUCCUCUUCCUUGAUCAUCCGAGAAAGAAGGUUCGGGACACACAGAAAUACAAGCCCUUCCAGCGGCAGGUGGAGAGUGGAAGGCCGUCUCUGAAGCUGCUGGCCGAGAGGAUCCUGGGCGUGCGGGUGCAGCAGGCGGAGCACUGCUCGAUUCAGGAUGCCCAGGCAGCAAUGAGGCUCUACGUCACGGUGAAGAAGGAGUGGGAGCGCGCAGUCCAGGACAGGCGCCCCGCCGCGGCCGCCACUCCAGACCAUGGCAGGGACGACGCGUAGCGGAGCCCACCACCCCGUGGCAGCGUUUCCGUCCACAGGCACGUGUGACCAAAUCACAGGACAGAUGGAGUCUCCCCAGAGUGCGACAAAUCGUGGCAGCGGGAUGGGGCGCACGUGCUGCUGAGGGCCACCCCUUUCCUCCGAUGGGAAAGUCGUGUGUCCUGGCACAGCCAGUAGGUGGCGCUGGGACCCUUGUGGAGGCCGCCAUGUGGCAGCCGCUCUGCUGGGUUCACGGAGGCCCAGGGUAGGAAGCAGCCAGGUAUUCACGCCUUCCUCCGAGGAGGCCCCUUCCCUCCGCCGCAGCAGUGGGGGGGUCUGCAGCUCAGCCACGGCCUCGCCGAGGAGUUCCUGUGGCCGCCCCUGGACUGGAGCGGGUGGCAGUGUUCCUCCCUCCCGCCCCACCGCGCGCCAAGUUCAACCCCUGGGUCAGAGCCCACGCUGCGGCCACACCGGGCUCAGGCUGCCCGCGGGGUGGGCUGUUACUGCUGCAGUGCCUCCCGGGCCGGAGCCACCUGCGAUCUGACCAGGGCAGCGCCGGGUGCCUGAAGCCCGAGGCUUUGCUGCGGCGACAGGUACAAAAAGGCCCAACCCACUGAGGACACGAUUGGACGUGAGUGCGGCUUUACUUGAGGUGGGGCUGGGGGAGCCUGUGUCCUUGCUCAGAACGUUCUGGAAGGGUGGUAUCCGACACGGCCGCUGGCCCAGCCGGGGCUGAGGCAUGUACCGAGACGCAUCCAGCAGCUGCCCCUCCCCCUCCCUAAGGAAAAGGCCGGGUCAGCGGGCAGCCCCACGCGGCAGGACGGAAGGCACCGGGCAGGGGGCGGGGAUCCGGAGGUGUUGGUCUUCUGGGGCCACAGCGGACGGCUCCUGGGCAGAGCAGGGCAGCCUGGCCGCCUCCAGGCUCUGCAGCACCCUCUCCGCGUACGAGACCAGCUCCUGGGAGAGGGGGGUGGGCCCAUCAGCUCCACCAGCAGGCGUCUGAGUCCCUUGCCAUUGAAAGCUGAUGGCUGCCCUCAGGCUCAGACACAGACCCACAGGCAGGAGGCGCCGCCAAAACUGCACACAGCGGCCGGGCCGCCCCACAGAAGCCCCAGUCGGGCUCCUGGACUUAGCCACCCGGCCUGACAGGGCGGGGGGUGAGGCCUGGUUCUCGGGGCGCUGCCCACACUCACCAGGCUGGUCUUAGCCACCUGAUCUGAUUGGUGGGUGUGGGGGGGGGAGGCCUGGGUCUCGGGGCGCUGCCCACACUCACCAGGCUGGUCUUAGCCACCUGAUCUGAUUGGUGGGUGUGGGGGGGGGAGGCCUGGGUCUCGGGGCGCUGCCCACACUCACCAGGCUGGAGGUGAAGCGCUCCUUGACCUCCUGGACCAGGGUCUGGAUGCCGCUGGACACCAGCUCGCACAGGAUGUCCUCUGUGGGCAGUGAGGGUCCUGAGGCCAGGCCUCCUCCCUCCGGAGCCCCUCCCAGCCGAGCCGGCCCGCACUCCCAGCUCAGGCACUUCUGAGGCGCUGGCAGGACCUGGCUGGGCCCCCAGCCUACUGAGGCUUAGCCUGAGCACCCCGACCUGGGGCUCAGGAGCCAGCACCUGCCAGCCUGGCGCAUGGUGGGCACUCGGAUCAUGUGAAGGGGAAUUUUAGGGGGCUUCCCUUGCAGGGGGAGCCGGGAGCAGGGUCCCUGCCCGCCAGUGUGCCGAGGGGUGGCGAGGGGGUCUCACGGUAGGAAGCCAGGU